UCAAUUGUUACCUUUGAUCGAUCGAUAUUGCUGCAAAUUCUGCAAAGCAAACCACUUCAAGUCAUCACUAUAUUAUUACAAAGAUGAACUCAUUCGAGAUACAAAAGCACCCUACCAAAUUGACUCGACGUCUGCUCGAAUCUUCGCCCGGAAGUACGGUCGAAUUCACCUUGGACGAACUCUUACAAAAGGCCAAGUAUGCACAGAGCUGGCCGGCUACCGGCCAGUAUAUCCACACUGGCAUGCUAGCUGUGUAUCAGAUGGCUGCUCAGCAGGAGCCACCCAGUAAAUCCGCCAAAAUUGCGCUGAGGGCGAUCCAGUACCGGGAGCCCAAGUCAGGCUUUGAAUGCACGAAAUGCCAGCAGAUUGACGGUCUCUGCUUGAGGGUCGACCCCGCGAAGUACCCAUCCCUUCCCAUCGGAUGCUCCGUCUGCAUAAAGGCCGGAGAAACGUGUGACCUCCCGACCGAACCUUUCGGCGUAGAAGAGAAAUCCGAGCGAGAACCAGAUUCGGAUUAUUCCCUCGGCUCUGAAGACGCAUACGAGGAAGAUGAUCCCAUAACGGGAGAAGUACCCGAAUUGCUGAAAUUGGACAACCUCGAGAACCUCGACGAGUUUAUCGGGCAGAAUACUAUGAGUCUCGGUGAUUCCAGAGAUUGGGGCGGGGCGACCGACGUCGACGACUACGAGCACUUGUUCAGGAUCAUGACGGCUUGUCAUGAGCUCGGUUACACACAGUGCGAUAGAGACGGAUGGGUCGACCGGGAAACAAAAGCCAAGUGGCUCGAAGAGCUAUUCGCCUAUUUCCCCCGCACGAUCAAGGAGGUCCAGAGCCCUGUCCCGGAGGUCUCGACCUGGUCUAUCGUCGUCCCCGAAUCGAUCCCGGCUGCCCCCUUCCCUCUGGAGCAGAAGAUCAGGGCUCAGAUCAAACUCCCUUACACGUUUCCUCCUCCUCCUCCUCCUCCUCCUCCUCCUCCUCCGGCAUCCAAGCCUGCUCCCGAGCCAAAGGUUACUGCUCCUAAACCCAAGGUCGAGACCAAGACCGAUCUCAAGCGUAAGGCUCAAACACAGGGACAGCCGGGGACGAGCAAGAAGGCGCGAGCGAAGCCGAGGAAAAGGGCGGCUGCUGAGGCUAAGGGCGAGUGACUGUAAUACUGAAUGGUUUGAUCGACCGCCGGAACGAUUAUGACGACAAUUGUUUUACGACAACGACUUGCGCAAGGCAGUGAAAUUGUUCAUAGAAGGGAAUCACAGUCG